AUGGCAUCGGAGGACGACACGAAUUCGAGCGCGAAAACGAACAAAAGAAAAUCCGUCUUUGGCUUUGUCUGGCGAUGCAUCUCCUCGAGUCGAGAGGUGUUUUCAAACGCACGCGCGAACGAUUGGAUGAGAAUGUGCCGAGGCAUUUCGUGCCCGAUAUCCGUGAAAGAUGCGACGAGGAGAUUACGAUUUAACUUGCGAGAUUUUGCACCCAAUUACCAAGUGUUGAUGUUACUCUCGAUGUUCGUGUCAGUCGUCUGUCGUCCUUGGUCGUUUUUAACGGUGUUCGCGGUAGUCGUCGCGUGGCAUUACGUGAUCAACGUGAGGAGCAAAGACGUGACUUUGAAAAGAGGUGCGAACGAAGAACCGAUCGUGGUGACGGUGAGAAUGCAAGGGAUGUUAUUACUCGCGGUGUCGGCGAUUUUAAUAUUCGGGUUCACGUCGUUCUCGGCGACGUUCGUGACGUGCGUUUCCAUCGGCGCGGGCGUGUGCGUGUCGCAUUCGGUGAUGAAAGCGCCUUUGACGGAGAACAACAGUUCUCCCGACGGAGGGGACUCGCCGACGAGUCCAUCGUUAUUGGCUGAGUUUCAAGAGUACACCGGGUCCACGUUAUCUACGUUCAACCGAGGCGCCGGGUUCGAGAAAGUCAUCCCGAGUCAAGUCUACGAGUACGGCGGCAAGGCGCUCGACGGCGCCACCGCGGGCGUGAGCACCAUUAGCUCGUAUUUCGGCCAAGCUAUUUUGCAACGCACCGGGUCGAACGUCAGCAAUAACAGUAGUAAUAAUGGCGGUGGUAAUGGUACCGGUACGAGCGCCGGCUCUUCUUCAGUGUAA